CAGCUGGGGACUGGGUCACUCUGAGUGCCACCAACACCCAGGGCACCCGUUCCCCAUCCCACACCCCACAAGCUGCCCCGUGGCCGUCCCUGCACGGGCAGGACACGGAUCCAGCGGCUCCAGCGCUGCCCAGCCCCACGCGGAGCCAGGAAGGGGAAGGCUCCUCCCUUGGGGACAGGGGGAUUGUCCCCAAAGCCAGUCCCCGCCACGCUCACACGCCAUUUCCCAACAGUCCUGGGGCUUGGGGACGAAGGUCAGUGUCACCACCAGUCACUGUCACGCCUCGGAGCGGCUCUGGGUGGCUCUGAGGUCCCCCCUUUCCCACGGUGGUGACAGUGGCCGGUGCCAUGGGGCCGCUGUGGCUCUGCCUCCUCAUCCUCACCGCGCUCUUCGGUCCCACGGCCCCACAAGACCUGGGCAGCUCGGUGUUCGUGUUCCCCCGAGAGUCCCAAAGCGCCCACGUGCAGGUGACAGCAAAGCUGGAGAAGCCCCUGAACAACUUCACCGUGUGCCUCAAAUCCUACACCGACCUCAGCCGGCCCUACAGCCUCUUCUCCUACGCCACCAAACAACAGAGCAACGAGAUCCUGCUCUUCAAGCCCAAACCUGGCCAGUACGACUUCAACGUGGGCAACCAGUUCUUGUCCUUCAGGGUGCCUGAAAACCUCGCGGAGGUCGAGCACGUCUGCGUCAGCUGGGAAUCCUCCACGGGCAUCGUGAGCUUCUGGCUCAACGGGAAGCCCUGGCCCAGGAAGGGGCUGCAGAAAGGAUACACGGUGGGAGUGCCAGCAUCCAUCGUGCUGGGGCAGGACCAGGACAGCUUUGGGGGUGGCUUUGAUGCCAAGCAGUCCUUGGUGGGGGAGAUUUCAUCCGUGUACAUGUGGGACGUGGGCAUCUCCACCACGGAGGUGGUGUCGGCCCUGUAUGACACACCUGGCCAAACCCCCCUUUUUGGCUGGAACAAUUUCCCCUACAAGAUCGUGGGAGAGGUGUACCUGAAGCCCUGAGGCUGUGGGGGGGUGUCCCCAAUCCCUGCUGUGUAACCCCCUCCCCAAAAGCCACCCAACAUUGCAUAAAUGGAGAAAUGUG